AUGGAGGUUGGAAACCUCAUCACCCUUGGAAGAAUUAGUAUUUCCAACAACCGCUUGACAGGUGAUAUUCCUUCUACUCUAGGUACGUGUGUGCUUUUAGAAGUUCUUCACAUGGAAGGGAAUUUUCUUACUGGAAAUAUUCCAGAGUCUUUUGUGAAGUUGAAAACCAUCAAAGAAAUGGAUCUCUCUCGGAACAACUUGUCAGGGAAAAUUCCGGAGUUCCUGGCCUCAUUGAGUUCUUUGCAGCCGCUGAAUCUUUCAUUCAAUGAUUUUGAGGGACCAACACCAUCAAGUGGUAUCUUUGGUAAUUCCAGUAGGGUGUCCUUAAAAGGAAACCACAGGUUAUGUGCCAAUACUCCAGAGUCAAGCCUGCCCCUUUGCCCAGAAUUGGGAUCCAAGGGGGAAAAUAAAUCUGUUGUUUUGAAGAUAGUGAUCCCCAUUGCAGUGUCAGCUGUUGUAAUUUUAUUGUUAUGUAUAGUUGUCAUUCUUCUCAGGAGAAGAAAAGAAGAACCAGCUUUGCAGCACUCCAGUCUGCACAUACAGAAAAUAAGGUAUGAAGACAUUGCCAAGGCUACAAAUGGGUUCUCUCUAGUAAACUUGGUUGGCUUGGGAUCCUUCGGGGCUGUUUACAAGGGCACUUUGCCGUUUGAGGAUGAUCCGGUUGCUAUUAAGGUUUUUAACCUUAACCAGUAUGGAGCACCCAAAAGCUUUGUUUCAGAGUGCGAAGCAUUAAGAAAUACUCGCCACCGGAAUCUUGUCAAAGUCAUUACUUUAUGCUCUACAGUCGAUCCUACCGGCUCAGAUUUUAAAGCACUUAUCUUUCAGUAUAUGCACAAUGGGAGCCUUGAAAGGUGGCUACACCCGGAGGACCACGGGUAUGACAACAAAAGAUUCCUAAGUUUGGGGGAAAGGAUUAACAUAGCUCUGGACAUUGCAUAUGCUUUAGAUUAUCUCCAUAACCAAUGUGCAACUCCAGUAAUACAUUGCGACUUGAAGCCGAGCAAUGUUCUUUUAGAUCUUGAAAUGACUGCAUAUGUCAGUGACUUUGGGUUGGCGAGAUUUAUGUGUACUACUUCAACUGCAGUGCCUGCUAAUUCUACAAGUUUUGCCAACCUAAAAGGAUCCAUUGGAUAUAUUCCACCAGGUAAUCCAAAUUAUGACCCUAUAUUAUUUUCUUGA